UAGAGAGAGAGAGCACACAGCGUUCUAUUUCCUAUAGCCUAACAGCUGCUGGGCCGAGGUUUCUGUGUUGAGUGCAGAGAGACACUGAGUGAGCAAGCGGAGGGAGAGAGAGAGAGAGAGAGAGAGAGAGAGAGAGAGAGAGAGAGAGAGAGAGAGAGAGAGUGUUAAGGAGAAUCCGUAGCCCUCUGGCUCACAAGGAUAAAGGAUUGCAGAAAGAAAGAGAGGGGAAAAAAGCACUCCCUCUCUUUACCUACCAGAGGUUUUGUGUUUAUUUUCUUUGUCCUUCUCUAAAUUUGUUUUAUCCAUCCUUCUUUCACCUCGGGUCCGGCGGAAGGAGGAACUGCACAACCCGGAGACGCUCUACAGCACGUUCAGCCGGUGGUGGAACUUGAUGCUGUCGUGUGGGUGUUGAGCUGAGAGGCCCUGGUUGAUGCAGUGAAGAGCUCUAUAAGGACAAACACAAGAAACGGAUACGGAAUAACAGAUCACGGCAGAGAAGAGAAGGAGGGAAGAGAGGAAGAGGGAGAGGAAAGAGGGAGGUGACAUACAGACAGAGUGCAGAUAGCAACAUUUGACUGGUGUGAAGGUUGCAGCCAUGGGGAACCUCAUUAAGGUCCUUGGCAAGGAUUUAGAAAACUGUCCACAUUUUUUCCUGGACUUUGAAAAUGCUCAGCCUACGGAGGCAGAGACGGCGGUAUGGAACCAGGUCAGUGCUGUCCUGGAGGAGGCCCACGGCAUCCUGGCUGAACUACAGUCAUACAACGGGGCGGGACAGGAGAUACGAGAGGCCAUCCAGAAUCCAGGUGAUCUGCAGUUACAGGAGAAGGCCUGGAACGCAGUCUGCCCCCUGGUGGCCAAGCUCAAACGCUUCUACGAGUUCUCCCUCCGACUGGAAAAUGCCCUGCGUAGCCUGUUGGAGGCGCUGACGAGCCCUCCCUACGCUCCCAUGCAGCACCUAGAGAGAGAACAGGCUCUGGCCAAACAGUUCGCUGAGAUACUCCACUUCACCCUCAGCUUCGACGAACUAAAGAUGACAAACCCAGCCAUUCAGAAUGACUUCAGCUACUACAGGAGGACAAUCAGUAGAAACAGGCUGAACAACCAGCAGUUGGAGGCAGAGAACGAGGUGAACAAUGAGAUGGCCAAUCGGAUGUCUCUGUUCUACGCCGAGGCCACGCCCAUGCUGAAGACCCUGAGUAACGCCACCACCAAGUUUGUGUCAGAGAAUAAGACCUUACCCAUUGAAGACACCACAGACUGUCUGAGCACCAUGGCCUGUGUGUGUCGCGUCAUGCUGGAGACCCCUGAGUACCGUUGUAGGUUCACCAACACAGACACCAUGUUGUUCUGUAUGAGGGUGAUGGUGGGGAUCAUUCUGUACGACCAUGUCCACCCUGUAGGAGCCUUUGCCAAGACCUCCAAAAUAGACAUGAAGGGCUGCAUCAAGGUGCUGAAAGAACAGCCUUCCAACAGUGUGGAGGGGCUAUUGAACGCACUGAGGUAUACGACCCGACAUCUAAACGACCACAGCACCUCCAAACAAAUCAGGGCUCUUCUCCAAUGAGAGUGAGAGGGAGCAGAGAGAGGGAAGGAAGAUGAGAUAGCGAACACGGAGGGAGAUGAAGAAGAACGAGGGGUGAACAAACUGUGGUGCUGAAUCCUGUUUGUUUACAAGAAUGAAAAGCAAAAUGAUCUGGUCUGAUAAGAAAAGAACAAGUCUAUGUGUUGCUCAUCAUUCUGUCUCCCAUUUUGUAAAAAAGAAAAUGAAGGAAGAGAAACUAUAGAGAUAUAUAUUAAA